UAUCAGAAGCAGCUAUGACGGACAUGACGUGCCUGUGUGCUCUGGCCCAGCAUGCAAGAGCACCCUUUCAAGCUCGUGCAUCGGUGGCAUGCGGCACCCACAACCACCAGAGCCGAGCUACAAGCAUGGCAAGAUGCCCCAGCUGGACGGUUUCUCCUGGGGCCGUAGGCGAUCCGAGGAGGGGGAGGAGGAGGAGGAGGAGGAGGAGGAGUAGUAGAAGGAGAAUGGUGAGGAGCAGCGAGGAAGUUCGUCGAGGACACAGCGCUGUCCUGGACUUGGAGAGUCGAGGCCUUAGCUCGCCUCUGGCUCUCACCGCUAUGUAGCUGUGCCUGCGCCGUCAAACAUUUGGGAAAAAAGCCUCAGAGACCAGUCUAGCCGAGGCAGGGCACUGCGUAUGAACGCCCGCGCCACGAGGCUGACUCGAAUUGGGGCUUGAUUGCCAGCCUUCUUGACGGAAUGCCAGCGGUUCGUUUUUCGCGCCAAGAACGGCGCCGUCGCCUGCAGCAGAGGCCGCGGCGGUACUCGAAUUGGGGAGGCGAGCGCGAGCCUUGUAUCAGGCCCGACAGGUCGCAGAGCGGCGCCCGGGGAAGGCCCCCGAGCGGCGCCCUGCAGCCUGCGAGGGCCUUCACGCUGCGGACGAACGAAGGGCCGGGACUCAUGGGUCCCCGCUCCAGGUCAUGCCGCAACCCGCGCGCCGCCUCGGGGGAGGUCCAGCGGUCGCCUAGCAUCAUCCACCAGAAGACUGGCCGAUGCCGACGUCGCCAGCGCGCAUGAUGUUGGGGCCGUCGCCCAACUUCUUCGCCACGCUGGCCUGGGCCGGGCCCUUGGCGGCGACCUCCGCGCGGUCCUGGUCCAUCUUCUCCUUGAGCGCCUUGAGCGCGGGGUCGGCCUCGAUCCUCUCCUGACGGGCCUGGGCGCGCUUGGCGUCCUCGACCUCCUUCUUGUACCAGGGCUUCGCGUCCACGAUCUUGCCCACGUGCUCCUGGAAGUCGAAGGUGACCGCGUCCGGCAGCACCAGGCACGCCCCGCCCUCCUCGGAGGCGUCCGCCCAGCCCAUCACGCGCAGCAACGCGGUGGCGCCGGGCACCUCGGUGAUGGACUCGGAGAUCUUCUUGUUGGAGAGGCGGAUCUUGCGGAACUUCUCGUCGCGGGGAUUCCGCACCACGUUCCUGGUGAGCUUCUCGAUGAGCUCCAGGGUCUCCUCCCACUUGUCCAGGGGCAGGCUCCGCAGGGCCCUCUCGUACUCCGACAGCGCCUCAGCCGCGCGGGAGUUGGCGCCUGGCGCGUACCCCGCGUAGCCCAUGGCCGCUGGGACGCGCGUGGGCGUGGAAGGGCUGCUGCAGAUGUCCAGGUUCUGCGGGGCCGCCGCGCGCUGGCUUCGAAUUGCUAUGGGCCAGAAGUAUGGCCACGGAGGACGGCGAGGAGGAAGAGGGCAUGACCGCGCAGCGAGUGGGCCCUCGGGCCGGAUUCCAGUGUCUACCCCCGAGACGCUCUUCGAGACGCGCGGGCACAAGUGCAGACGGCAUCCGAGGGCGUCCAAAGGCAUCCGGAGGGCGAGGCGCAAGCAAUCGGGGCCAGUCAUGAUGGUGCAAGGCGCGGAUGUUGGGCGCUUGGGCGGCCAAAUUGCAAUAGCUGGCCUGGAAUCUUGGUUAGCUGCGGCUGGCAACGAAAAUGAUGCAAGGCUCCAGUGUCCGUGGCGCAGCACCGCAUCCUUC